AUGUGGUGGAGAUUGGAUACCGUAGGAAUCGCUCCCCAUGAGCAGCACACCACCUCAGAGCACGCUGCUAUGAAUAAAGUCCAGAGUAGCAUUGUAAGUACCGAACGAAUGUACCAAGUAAGCUUACCGUUCCACGGGCCAGAAUGCCCAGAUACAAAUUAUCGUAAUGCAUUUGUUCAAUUGAACGCGUUAGAAACACAAUUUCUGAAAGACCCUGAGUACCGAAGAGACUAUGAGAACGUCCUUCAUACGUAUCUCGAUGCUGGGUUCAUUUCUGAAGUCACUGAUUCAAAGAUUAAUGGACAUUACUUGCCCCACUUUGGGGUUAAGAAGCAGAGUCUCAUGGCUCCUCUUCGUAUCGUGUUCAACACAUCCUUUAAAGUCAAGGGAGAACUGUCGUUGAAUGAUUGCCUUUAUCCAGGUCCCAACUUAGUUGAAAUGGUAUAUGAUUUGCUCCUCAAGUUUCGACCCGAUCCCUAUGCGUUAGUACCAGACAUAUUGAAAGCUUUCCACAGAGCAUUGCUACAUCCCAAUGAUACUAAAUACGCAGGUUUUUUGUGGAGACAAGGGCCGAAACGAGCGGCCACAUACGCUUUUAACUUUGUUGUUUUUGGCAUACCCAGUAGUACCUAUCUUUUACAACAAGUGCUGCAAACCCAUCUCCAUGAACAGGUAUGGGAAGAUAUCAUUAAAGCCUUCUAUGUCGAUAAUUAUCUGCAGACAUUUGUAGCCAGGGAAACAAAGGAAAGAGAUUAUUACCAGGUCAAAUCUUUGCUAGACGAGGCCCACAUGCCUUUGAAAGGGUGGGCAAGUAAUUGUAGGGAGUUUGAUCAGCAGAUUGGUUGCAAGGAACCUGUUGAGAUCAAUGUUUUGGGAACGAGUUGGGAUAGAAGGGAGGAUAAGUUGAGCUUAACGCAUACGAAUGUCCAGAGCUGUAGUAAUAGUUCCCAUCCUCUUAUCAAAUGCAUGCUAAUUUCCCUUUUGGUAGCCAAUUUUGACCCCUUAGGGCUAGUCAGUCCCCUUUUUGUGUGGGGAAAAAUUCUUCUUCAAGAAUUGUGGGAAGCUGGGGUAGACUGGGAUGAUGUGCUGUCAGAUGAUCACCAACUAGAAACUAGCAAACUACUCACUGAAUUCAACAAUAUUCCCAAUUGUAAGUUUCAGAGGGGAAUUGUGCACAAAGGUAGCAAAUUGCAUCUGUUUACUGACUUGUUGAACAAAGCUUACUACGCUGUAGCCUAUGUCAGACAGAGAUCCGAACAUGUUAGUUUCUUACCUUCCAAAAUGCGAGUCACGCCUCGCAAAGCGAAAUUGACAAUUCCAAAGUUAGAACUAUUAGCAUUAUUAUUAGGAUUUAGAUUGGGAAAGCAUCUUUGUAAGUUGUUUAUCUUUACCACCAUAAUGCUCUGGACUGAUAGCACAGUAGCUAUUGCCUGGGUAGGUAGCCGCACAGGAGGUAAAAUCACAUUCAUUUCUAAUCAACUGGGGGAGAUCCAACAGGAGUGUGGCAUUGAGAUGAAGUACGUCCCCACGAAGCAGAAUCCAGCUUUCAUUUUGACCAGAGAUUCAACAUUGCACGAUUUGAAAGUCAACUGCUUGAGGCAUGAAGGACCGCCCUUUCUGCACUGUGAGGGCACCCCUGAGCCAUGUGUCGAAGAGGGAGAAUCUCCAAUCCAACAAAAUGCGAUCACAGCCACCCUGAGGGAGCUCAGGGAAGAAGGAACUUUGACUCCGCCCGCUGAACUGUGGAAAUUGCUGGGGAGUAACACAGCCUUCAGACGACUUAUGAAAGUUAUGUCUUUAGUAUUGAAAUUUGGGAACUGCUAA